CUCCCCCUCCAACGCACGACAUUAACCAGAAAUAAACGGCAGACCUUCUCCUCUGCUGCAGUAAAUACCAUUGCAUUUUAGUUGUCUAUACUUCCUUGUACAGAGAAAAUCAUCAUCAUCGUCAGCUGUAAAAGUGCCGCGGCUCCCCGCAUCCCGUGAGGCUCAUCUGACUACGACCUCAGUCAGCCCAGCUCUGAUAAGCCUGGACUCCUCCAUCCUCAGCUUCUCGACUCUUGACAGCAGCGCAGCAGCAGCAGCAGCAGCGCAGCAGCAGCAACACAAUGCCGCUCAAACACACAACAGUAGUCGUGAACGCAGCCCACCCCCGCGCCCUGCGCACCUCCACCGCGCGCAUCACCGACCGUCUCCAGAUCGUGGUCAACAGAUACUCUCCGCCGAACCCGCACCCGGACGGCAUCACCCUCUUCUUCCUGCACUGCACCGGCUACCAGAAAGAAGUCUGGGAAGAGACCAUCGCGCGCGUGUUUGAGUCCGACAUACCGAUCCGCGAAGCCAUUGCGUACGACUGGGUCGGACACGGCGACUCGGCCGUGCUGAACGAGCAGAAGCUCGGCUCGGCAGCGCGAUGGACGGAUGGCGGAAGGGAUCUCUUGCAGGUUAUCGCGCAGCUCGAUAUUCCGCAGCCCAUCGUCGCCGUCGGGCAUUCAAUGGGUGGAUCUCAUGUGCUAUCCGCAGGAUACAUGCACCCCUCCCUCUUCAAAGGCCUAAUCGCCAUCGAACCCAUCGCCCACCCCUUCUCCCUCGCCACCAUCACCACCCAAAUCUGCUCUCUGCUCGUGCACAUGCCCGACCAAUUCCCCGACCGCCAAAGCGCAAUCUCGUUCCUCAAAUCCACGCAAGCCCGCUCAUUCGACCCCGCCGUGCUCAACCGGCUGAUCGAAUGCUCCUUCUACGACACGAAAUCAAAAUCCGGCGAACCCGUUGUCAAGCUAAAGUCCUGCGCCGCGCAGCAGGUCGCGAUAUACCAGGAUUCGCCGGAUAGUCUUGAGGAAUUAGUUCAGCGGCUGCCGUUCAUUGAGUCGCCGACGCUGCUUGUGCAUGGCGAGAACGCGAAAUGGAACGACGAGACCACGCCCGCGCGGCUGUCGGAGCUGAUAAAGACCUCUACUACACAAUGGAUUCCGGGCGGGAGACAUAUGGUUCCUCUCGAGAUGCCGGGUAUAGUCGCAUCAAUAAUCACAGUCUUCCUCACCCGAGUCUGGGAAAAAUGGGCCACCGAGCUCCGCGCAGACAAGCAGAAAACAGACGCGCAGAUCGCGCAGGAAGUAGAAGACGGCGUCGCCCACGGCAUCCACCUGAUGGACACGACCGCCGAGGUGUCGCGACAAAUCCACGCGGCGAAGAGAAAACAGAAGAAAGCGAGCAAGCUGUGAUAGAAUUAAUUACGAUCUUUGAUUACCAGAUCAGGACUCCGUUGCGAGCAGCGUCGCGGCCAAUAGAAAUCCUCAUAAAAGCUCGUUUUCGUCGCCUGCUGACUCUGGAAAUCUCAAACCUGCCCCGCGUCAGCGUGAAAACCCGAACAAAUUCCCUAUUCGAGUCAAACAACCGAGCAAUAUUCACGUCCAAGCAAAGGCUUAAUCUGCUUUACUCCAAUAGUAACCCUCUGAACAGUAAAAACAGUAGGCCGCCACGAGGCAAUUUACGACA